AUGGCAUUCGCCAUCAACUGGCACCCCACAUUCCGCAGUACUCGAGAUACUGAUCCGAAUAGCUACAACGCUAAUCCUGACCCAGAUGGUACAUCCAGCUAA